AUGGCCCAGAACCACGAGGACACGGCCGCCGAGCUCCACGAGACGCUGGGUGAGCGUCUGCCACACAAGGAAAUAACUGAUCUAGCAGGCGGCUACAUUAUGCCAGCUGACGCCGAGAAGAAGCAGCCCAUGUCUCCCAGCAACGCAGACUCAGAGUCCGGCCCAACGCCUGAUGGCGAUGAGCCUAAUGAGUACGAGAAGGGCUCCCUCCGCCGUAUCGGGGAGAACCUUCCCGCCUCAGCCUUCCUCAUUGCCGUUGUUGAGCUUACUGAGCGUUUUACCUACUAUGGCGCUCAGGGUCUGUUCCAGAACUACAUUAACAAUGACCCCAAUGGAGUCGAUGGCCCUAAGGGUCUUGGAAUGGGACACCAGGCCGCAACUGGUCUAAACUUGUUCUUCCAAUGGUUCUGCUAUGUUACGCCAAUCUUGGGUGCCAUCAUUGCUGAUCAGUACCUUGGAAAGUACAAGACCAUCUUGGUCUUCUGCGCCUUCUACUGGGUUGGUCUGGUGAUUCUUUGGACUACGUCCCUGCCGGUGGCCAUGGAGAAUGGUGCUGGCAAAGCUGGCUACAUUGUUGCCAUCAUUGUGAUCGGUCUCGGCACUGGAGGCAUCAAAUCCAACAUCGCCCCCUUGAUCGCUGACCAGUAUCAACGUCGCGUCAUGGCCGUCAAGACGGAGUCCAACGGCGAGCGCGUCAUCAUCGACCCCGCCAUCACAUACCAGCGCAUCUACAUGAUUUUCUACUGGUGUAUUAACUUGGGAUCUCUAUCGCUGAUGGCCACUCCCUUCAUGGAGAAGUACAAGGGCUUCUGGACCGCAUACCUGAUGUGUUUCUGUGUAUUCAACAUUGGAAUCGCGACUUUGGUGCUCCGUCGUAAGACAUUCGUCAACCGCCCACCCCAAGGGUCCGUCAUCACCGAUGCGUUUAAGGCGCUUGGUAUGAUGAUUGCAUCUCGUAACAUGGAUGCCGCCAAACCCUCAUGGCGUGCUGCCAAUGGCAAGGAGAAGCCCGUUCCCUGGAAUGAUCACUUUGUUGAGGAGCUUAAGCGUGCUCUCAGGGCCUGCAAGGUCUUCGUGUUUUACCCGAUUUUCUGGGUUUGCUACGGCCAAUUCUCGACCAACUUUGUCACCCAAGCUGGACAAAUGGAGGGACACGGCAUGCCAAACGAUUUCAUGCAGAACUUCGAUCCCAUCUCGAUUUUGGUCUUCACCCCGCUCCUCGAAAAGGCCAUCUACCCACUUCUGCGGAAGUUUGGCAUCGAGCUCAAGCCCAUCAUGCGCAUCACCAUUGGUUUCUGGCUCGCCGCCAUCUGCCUUGCCUACGCAGCCAUCGUCCAGCACCUUAUCUACACCGCUGGUCCUUGCUACGAAUCUCCUGGCAACUGUCCCGAGGGCAUGAGCGGGGGUGCCUCGCUUCCCAACCACGUCCACAUCGCAGUCCAAACUCCUGCUUACGUCUUCAUCGGAUUAUCUGAGAUUUUCAUCUCAGUCACGGGUCUCGAGUACGCAUACACUAAGGCCCCUCCCAACAUGAAGUCUUUCGUCCAGAGUAUUUAUCUCUUCACCAACGCCUUCGGUUCAGCCAUUUCCGAGGCCCUAGUUUCGGUUGCGGUUGACCCUAAGUUCUUGUGGAUGUACACUGGUGUGGCAUGCUUCUCGUUCGUGAUUGGAUUCGUCUUCUACUUCACUUUCCGUCAUUACGAUGCCGAGGAGGACAAGAUGUACGAACUGGACCGUGAUCAACCCGUCUGGAACCCUGAGGGAGCCAAGCAGGUUGAUAACGAUGAUUAG